AUGGCUCUUCUCGGGGUCGACACCACAUCGCUGCUAACCCAGCAUCCGCUGGAAAUGCUGCUAAUCAGUGCAAGCUCCCCCGACCCUCACUCAACAAUAAUUAUCGAUCCAAAAACCGGAGUCAGCGCAUGGACCUAUAAAGGUGCAGAGCUUCAAGGUGCCGCACCCGGAGCCCUAGAAAUCCUCGGCGAAGAUGCGGAGCACAUGAUUUUGGCCACAAAAGACGCGCGCUUGGUGCAUUUGAUCGGGGUGCCGAACAAAGAUCGAUUUCAUCAGAAAAUUGUGAUGCCUGCGGCGGUUUCGGCGAUUUGUUCGCUGAAAUCCGGCAAAAUUGUAUUUAUGGCGAUUGGAAAGCAGAUUUUUGCGUGGCUUUUGAGCUCAGGAGAGCUUCUGAGUGUGGUUGAUGCGCAUUAUCAGAAUAUUAGCCGAUUGGUUGUGUCGGACGAUGAUUCGAUGAUUUUUUCGGCUGCCAAAGAUGGAGCCGUGCAUGGCUAUUUGGUUAAUGAGUAAGUUGGGAUUUUCUCGCCGAAAAUUGCUGAAAAUCCAGGUUUUCUGACCAAUUUUCAUGAAAUUUUGGCCAAAAAUGAAAAUAAAUAAUUUUCACGUGACCUUGUUUCCAAAAAUUAUCCAAAAUUCAAUAAAAAUCUGCCUGAAUCUUGAAAUUUCUGCAAUUUUCGUAUAGAAUUUCAGUCAAAAAGUGGAUUUUUGAGUGAAAAUCGAAAAAUUGCUGAAAUUUCAAGGUUCUCGCGCAGGGGAACCUAUCGCCAAUUUUUUUUCGGAAAAAAUGGAUUCAAAUUGGUCUAAGGAGCCUGAAAAUGGCCUAGAAGCCUAGAAGGCCCGAGAAACCCUAUUUUUCAAGUCUCUAGGCUCAGAAUGAACAAAAAAUCCCGAAUUUUUACUCCUAAACCAUAUGAAAACCCAAUUUUCAAGCUCCUAGGCUCAAAAUUGACCAAACCUCUCGAUGUUUAUCUUAAAAAAAAACGAUUUUCAGCCAAUUUUCAUUCCAGACUAAUCUCCUCGGACCGCGAUCACACCAUCACACCAUUCUGCAAAUUCUCCACCCACACCCUCGCCAUAACCGACCUAAAAAUCACCGCAAAUUCCUCGAAUCCACGAAUUCUCACCUCAGGCCGUGAUCAUAUUUGUGCCUAUCAUUCGAUUUCGCUAAACUCCACUCUCCUUAAAAUUUCAGCCGAUCGACCAAUUUCAGCCUGCGCUAUAGAUUUGGCUGAAACUCGUUUAUUUCUAGGCACCGAUUUAGGCAACAUUGCUCAGAUUAACCUGUUCCAAUUAAGCAAUUCGUCGAAUGAAAGAGAGCUGAUUGUGAGCACUUCCGAUGAGCAAAAUUGCAAAUUUCGCAUUUUGAACGGACAUUCCGAUGAGAUUACGAGGAUUUGUGUGAAUUCCGAUGGAAAUUUGAUGGCUUCUGGAGAUUCGACGGGAAAAUAUUGUAUUUGGGAAGUGGCCAGUCAUCAGUGUUUGAAGGUACAUUUGCGGCUGAAAAUGCUGAAAUUUUCAGAAUUUUUGGUGUACAAAUUGUGAAAAAUGAUGGAUUUUGACCACUUUUCGCUAUAAAAAUUGGCAAAAAUCAAGUUUUUAGCCAAACUUAUCUGAAAACCUGCCUGAACCUUGAAAAUUCAUCAAUUUUCGUAUAAAAUUUCAGUCAAAAAGUGGAUUUUUGACUGAAAAUCUGAAAAUUGCUGAAAUUUCAGGGUUCUCGCGCAGGGAAAUCUAUCGUCAAUUUUUUUUGUUGGAAAAGGCCUAAAAUUGGUCCAGAAAGCCCGGAAAUUGGUCUAGAAACCGAUUUUUAUGUUUCUAGACUUCAAAUUGAUCGAAAAACUAGUUUUUUGGCCAAAUUUUGAGCUAGAAAGCUGAAAAAUCCCAUUUUCGCCCACUUUUAUCCGAAAACCUGCCUGAACCUUGAAAUUUCAUCAAUUUUUGUAUGAAUUCCAGUCAAAACCUGGAUUUUUGACUGGAAAUCGAAAAAUUGCUGAAAUUUUAGGGUUCUCGCGAAGGGAAAUGUAUCGCCAAUUUUUUAUUUGGAAACAUGGUCUAAAAUUCGUCUAGGAAGCCUGAAAAUGGUCUAGAAGCCCAGAAAAUGGUCUAGGAAACAAAUUUUUCAAGUUAGAAGCUUCAAAAAUUACCCGAAAAAUCAAUAAACAUCUGAAAACCUGCCUGAACCUUGAAAUUUCAGCAAUUUUUGUAUGAAUUCCAGUCAAAACCUGGAUUUUUGACUGAAAAUCGAAAAACUGCUGAAAUUUCAGGGUUCUCGCGCAGGGAAAUCUAUCGCCGAUUUUUUAUUUGGUAAAGGGGCUCAAAACGGUCUAGAAACCGAUUUUUCAUGUUUCUAGACUCAAAAUUCACCAAAAAUUCUAUAUUUUGGCUUAAAAUGAGCUAGAAGCUGAAAUUCCAGCGUUAAAUUUCGAAUUUCAGGUCUCAAAUAUGCGCGCAGCCAUUCAAACCCUCAAAUUCAUUCCAUUCUUCGACUCAAUUUCCGCAAACUCAGAUCUCGUGCCAAAAAUCCGCCCAAUUUGGGAUCUGAAAAAAGAGCCGACAAAAUUGGAGAAGCUCGCGAUUGAAGUAUCAGAUGACCUGAAUUCCGAAAAAGAUCAAUGGAAAAAUGUGAUCGAUGAGACUUUGGAGCAACUUUUGAGCGGAAAUGUGAGAUUUUUCGAGAUUUUCAAUUGAAAAUUCGAGAUUUUCAGGUGAAUUUUGGUCAGAAAAGUUGUUGUCAUGCUGAAAAUUUGGCUGCUGAAAAUCCAGAAAUUUUGGAGGAAGAUGUGAUUAUUUUGGAAGAUGAUGAGGAUUCGGAAAAAGCGCCUGAAGUUAACCUGAAAUCGAAAAAACGGAAAAAUAAGAAGGGAAAGGUGAGCUGACGCUUUUUCCGUAGAAAAAUCCGGUUAAAAUGAGUCUAGACUCGAUGCUGACGUAUUUUUUGUAGCCUAGUGAUAUUGCGCCAGCUUAUUCCGGUUAAAAUGAGCCCAAACUCGAUGCUGACGUAUUGUUUGUAGUCUACAAAAGUUACGCCAUGAAAAAUUCGCGUCAAUGAAAGUUUGUUGACGCAAUUUUUGUAGCUCACCAAAAUCAAUAAAAUUUACACUUUUCCAGCGCAAAAUUUCACGAAAAACCUGAUUUUUCUGAAAAAAUCUGAAAUUUUCAGCCUCAAACACCUGUAAAACCAUCGCAACAAGCCUCCAAUUCCACUUCUUCUCAAAAUUCCGAACUUCAAAAACAAAUCGACGAACUGAAAGCGGAAAAUAGCAAAUUGAAGCAGAUCAACGCUCAAAUGUACGAAUUUGUGGCCAAAGAAAUGGCGGAGGAUUGA